AGGCCCCUGGUUGCCACCAUAUCCACUCUUCAAACAACCAGCAACUUCUCAGCAAUUCUCCCAUCUAUACUUAUUUCAUUACCGUAUCCUCUAUCCUAAUUCCAAAUGGGAGAGCUAAAGGAGGAGCCAAAGAAUGAGACGGAGAAAAAGCCCGAAGGGGAAGCCAAGAAGGACGAGGGUCCGGCCCCUAUCGUCUUGAAGCUUGACAUGCAUUGUGAAGGAUGCGUGAAGAAGAUCAAACGAAGCGUCCGGCAUUUGGAUGGUGUGGAAGACGUGAAGGCCGAUAUGUCUUCCAACAAACUUACGGUGUUUGGUAAGGUGGACCCCACCUUGGUACAGGGGAAGCUAGCGGAGAAAACCAAGAAGAAGGUGGCGCUCAUCUCCCCUCAGCCUAAGAAAGAUGCCGGAGCCGAUAAAAAGUCAGACGAGAAACCGCCGGAAAAGAAGGCCGAGGAGAAGAAACCCGAAGAGAAGAAGCCUGAGGAGGAUAAAAAACCGAAAGAGAGCACAGUGAUUUUGAAGAUCAGAUUGCACUGUGACGGUUGCAUUUCUAAGAUUCGGCGAAUCAUACUCAAGAUUAAAGGAGUUGAGUCGGUGGAGAUUGACGGAGCCAAAGAUUUAGUGGCGGUGAAGGGAACGAUGGACGUGAAGGAGCUUACGCCUUACCUGAAGGAUAAGCUGAAGCGAAACGUGGAGGUGGUCCCACCACCCAAGAAAGACGACGAUAAAAAGGAGAAAGGCGGCGGAGGGGACAAGAAAGAGGCCGAAGCGAAACCGGCCGCCGGCGGAGACGGUGAGAAAAAGGAAGAGGCACCAAAGGUGGAAGCUAACAAGAUGGAAUAUUACGGUUUCCCCCCUCCGACGUUCUGGCACGACGGUCACGUGCCCAGUGAACCCAGCCACGCCAUGGAAGUACAUCCAGGGUAUGUGAACCAAGGGCAUUAUGGGAAUCCAAUGUACGUAAACCAAGGAUACCCGGCGGCGCCACCACCGUUCUACAUGCCACCUCCUCAUCCCCAGAUGUUCAGCGACGAAAAUCCCAAUGCCUGUUCUGUGAUGUGAGCGCGAUCGAUUCAUCCGACGGUGGAUUUGAAGAGUAGUGAACAUACACGUACGCGGACGCUGUAUAUAAUUAAACCGUGUUCAGAAAAUAAAACGAUAUAUAUAUAUAUAUAUAUUGCUAUAUAGAGAAACUCAGAGAUGGUGGGAUUUUGACGUUCCGGAUCCAGUAGGGGCUUAGGGAUGUAGCCGGCUCUGGCUAGAGAAUCUGGACCAGAAAAACGACUGCAUUUGUUGCUUUGUUCCUUUCUUUUUUUCUUUUUUCUUUUUUCGUUUUUUCUUUUAAAUUCUGAUGUAUCAUACUGCAGAUUGUAAUAAUGAACAUAUAUCUACCGAGUUAAAA